ACGAGAGAAAUCUGUAUGGAUUCGCAGGAAACCGCAAACAAUAUGGCCGAGCCUGCUUCGGGCCACGGAGAGACGGUGAAGCCAAACGCUCCUUCACCGCCGCAGGGCUUUCAGACGCGACCGCAGGGUCCCCCUCUGUCCCCUCGAAAUUCGAUAAAUAAUGGUCCCAUAGGCGCGCCUCGACCAGGACCGCCGCUGCGCCGACUGGACAGUCGUUCUUCCCUGGGCCCGCCAGCUGCGGGUCAAUUCGUACAGCUCCGGCCUUACGGUCCGCCGCGGCCGCCGGGAGGAUCAUUCCCUCCGAGAUCGCCGCAGCCCGGCCAGCUGCCGCCGCAGAACCCGCUGCACCCUGCGAGUCAACGUUUCGCGUAUUCCCCGGGGAUCCGAGGCCCCCCGCCGCAGGCAGGCGGUCAGAGGCCGCCGUUCGUCGGCAACUAUCAGCUGCAGCAACAGCAGCAGCAACCGCGGUUUCAGCGCCCGGACAUCGCGGCCCAAAACGGACCGCCGCGGAGCACCGCGGAGGCCGCCCAGUACCGGCCCGGUAGCCAGGACGCCGCUUUCCCCAGGCAUCUGCUGCGAAAUGACUCCUUGCUGAACCUGCAGCGUCAGCACCUUUUGUCCAACGAGGAGAUCAAGCAGCCGACGCGACCGCGUAUAGUCAUCGAGAGGAUGGCGGACGUGAACGAGGGCAGCGGCGACGUCGCCAAGCUAGCCGAGGGCUACCCGCAGAAGAAGAAGCCGGAGGCGCGGGAGAACGGCGAGAACGACGACGACGACGACGACGACGUCGUGAUGGACAGCGAGAAGUCGCCGCGGCACGACGCCAACGGUCUUCCCACCGAGGCGCUGCUCAACGGCUCCAAGUCGACGCCGUCGACGCCCAGGAAGCACGAAGACACCGCCGCCAGCCGGCCGGCCACCGCCGAAAGACAGGAUGUGCCGUCCAGGCCGGUUUCGGCCACGAACGACGACAAGCCGAAGACGAACCUGGCCGAUGACGAUUCGGCGCCGGUCACUACCCAGCGCAGACCUUCCUCCGCGGCGGCGAGCGGCGACCAGGACGAAGGGAGGGAGGAGAAGCCGCCCAGCAGACCUCAGUCUAGCAAAGAAGCCGACGUCGUGAAGGAGUCCUCGGGAGAAUCCACGAAGAGCGACACCGGCGCAACCUCGCCGCCCGUGGACGACUCGAAGGUGGACGGCAAGGCGUCUCCUCGUCCGCCGAGCAGCACGUCUAUAGCCGAGGCGGCGGAGGAAGCGGAACAGCCGCCCGCAAGUCCAUACAGCAACGAAGCGCUCGGGAACGCGGAGGCUAGUCUGAAGGCUCCCUCGAGGUUGUCGGACAAUUCGCGGUCCAGCACUCCUUCGUACCUGGAGACGCCCCAGAACGCGGAGCAGACAGCGAGGACGCCGUCCUCCAGGAGUUCGGAUAAGUCGCGCUCCAGCACUCCGGCCGGGCUGGCGGAGCCGGAAUCGAGGACGCCGGUGAAGACUCCGGACAAGUCGCGCUCCAGCACUCCGGCCGGAUUGGCGGAACCGACCGGCGCCGCGGAGCCGGAAUCGAAGACGCCGAUGAAGACUCCGGACAAGUCGCGUUCCAGCACUCCGGCCGGGCUGGCGGAGCCGGAAUCGAGGACGCCGGUGAAGACUCCGGACAAGUCGCGCUCCAGCACUCCGGCCGGAUUGACGGAACCGACCGGCGCCGCGGAGCCGGAAUCGAGGACGCCGGUGAAGACUCCGGACAAGUCGCGCUCCAGCACUCCGGCCGGACCACUAGAGCCGCCUCAGAGCGCGGGGCGGGAGUCUAGGCCGCCGUCCAAGAGUCCGGAUAAAUCGCGCACGAGCACCCCGGCCGAGCAGACGCCUCCGCCGCGCGCGGAGAGGGAGUCGUCGGCGACCCCGGCGACUAAAACGCCGGACAGGUCGCGCUCCGCCACGCCGGUUGCCGGCUCUGGAACAGAGCCAAGCAACGAAGUCGAGAAGCCUCCGGAGAGCCUGCAGCGCGACAAGUCGCGAGAUGAAGACACUCUGCAAGUGCUGAGGGACCCCAGCAGGCCGGCGUCAUCCUUGGGCUCGUUGGAGAAAGACAGCAAGUCGCCGAGAUCGCCCACGACCCCGGAUAGUCAGGGCAAAUUGUCAGUGCCGGGGUCGCUGACGACUCCGCCGAGGUCGCCCGAGGAGACCGUCAAGGGCUUCGAUAAUGGCCGCCAACGGUCCUUGUCGUCGAGGACGUCCGCCAGCGGCAGUCCCCGGUCGCCGAGCUCGCCCAAGUCGCCCGCCGGCAGCGUGAAGCAGCCCGACGGCGAGAAAAAGCGAACGUCCUUCGCCGAGGACACGACUGUCGUGAAGAAAGCGACGGAGAAGACGCCGUGCCCGACGACGGCUACGUCCCCGUCGAAGCCUACCACCCCCGCGGCUAAGAUUCCAAGAACGGCCACACCGGCGAAGCUCGGCCACGAGAGAGCGGAGCUCAAGUCCUCGGAGAAAAAAGCGGUCCAAAACGGCAGCGCGAGCGAGUCGCAAGCUAAUGCGGUGCCGACUACAAACGGAGUCGCGGAGUCGCCAACUAAAAAGUCUCCCUCUAAGUCCAAAGAUUCCGACAAGAGGUCGACCGCUGGAUCGCCCACGAAAUCACCUAGCAAAUCCUCCAAGUCGCUACCACGAACACCCGAGACGCCUUUGUCGACUGCCCAGGAGAAAAAGAAGGUGCCGAUGAAUAAAGUGCAAGUCGGCGCGGCGCCCUCGCCGAACCUGAAGACCGUACGGUCGAAGAUCGGUUCUCUAGACAACGCGAGCUACAAACCGGGCGGCGGCAAGGUGAAGAUAGAAAACAGGAAGCUGGACUUCAGCAAAGCGCAACCGAAGAUCGCCGCGAAGAACGAGAAGUAUACGCCCAGCGGCGGCGACAAAAAGAUCUCCCAGGUGAAGCUCCAAUGGAACGCCAAGCCCAAAGUGGGCUCCUUGGAGAAUGCCACUUACAAACCGGGCGGCGGCGACAAGAAGAUCGAGACGGUGAAGCUCGAUUUCAAGGACAAGGCGAAGCCAAAAGUCGGAUCCAAAGAAAACGCGAAGCACGUGCCCGGCGGCGGCGCCGUCAAGUCCGCGACUCCACCUAAGACACCGCAGGAAGCGAAGAACGACAUUCCGACGCAAAAGAUGGAUAUCAAGGCCGAAAGCAAGAUUGGCUCGUUGGAUAACAUGAAGCACAAGCCGGGCGGUGGCGACAAAAAGAUCUUCAACGACAGAGACUAUCUCCGACAGACGAGUUCCAACGUGGAGAGCUUGAACGGUAGCGGGUCCCAGAGCCCCGUGCCUUCCGGCGCGAUCACCGACGGCAAGAACGGCCUGCCAGCCUCGGACGAGAACCUGAACCAGGAAUGCUAGGUCACGAAAAGUCGGCCGAUAGACCCGCUUUACUAUACCAUUUGCAUAUGAUUAAUCACGUUUACCUAUCACCCCCUCCCCGAACCCCAACCCCCGGAGGACAAACGAGCGCGAUCGAAAGAGCCAGAGAGGGAGAGAGAGAGAGAGAGAGA